GGUAAUACGGUAUUUUGUAUCUGCGUGGCCCUUGCGAUUUGACCAUCUUUGCUUAUAUAAGGAGGAGAGAGGCACAGAAAAAGUUUCACUCGUUAUUGCACUCAACUGUGUCUUACCCCGUUGGAAAGACUUAAGCAUCAUCCCCUUCAUCCAUUUGAUAAGGACUCGGGCUCUCUCAGGAUUUCACUCCCUCUUCCAGGGUUCUUCCUUGAUCGUAACUCAUAUGAGUGGUGAAGCGGGUAUGGAAGAUCAACAGCAACGUCCAGUCCCACAACUGAAUGAAAGGAUCCUUUCAUCCUUGUCAAGGAGAUCUGUUGCUGCACAUCCUUGGCAUGAUCUUGAAAUUGGACCUGGAGCUCCUCAAGUUGUCAAUUGUGUUGUUGAAAUCACAAAAGGAAGCAAGGUGAAGUAUGAGCUUGACAAAAAGACAGGACUGAUAAAGGUUGAUCGUGUCUUGUAUUCCUCUGUGGUGUAUCCUCACAACUAUGGUUUCAUCCCCCGCACAUUGUGCGAAGACAAUGAUCCACUGGAUGUUUUAAUCCUCAUGCAGGAACCAGUUCUCCCUGGUUGUUUUCUCCGAGUCCGAGCUAUAGGACUCAUGCCCAUGAUUGAUCAGGGAGAGAAAGAUGAUAAAAUCAUAGCAGUGUGUGCUGAUGACCCAGAGUAUCGUCACUAUACCGACAUCAAACAACUUCCUCCUCAUCGCCUGGCUGAGAUCCGCCGAUUCUUUGAAGACUACAAGAAAAAUGAGAACAAAGAAGUUGCAGUUAAUGAAUUUCUGCCUUCAGACGCUGCUCAGGAAGCCAUCCAGCACUCAAUGGACCUUUAUGCUCAGUACAUCUUACAGACCUUGAGGCGAUAGACGUCAUGCGGGUAUAUUCUACCUCUCUUAAUAAUCUGCUCAGUUGGGGGCAAUAGAAGCCGAAGGGGAAGAGUGAUACUUUUAUCUAUUAUAUGAGUUUUGGUUAUUAGGAGUGAUUUUUAUUUUUAUUUUUUUAACAAUGUUGUUUCAAUUGGUUGUAUUGAAACACAAAUUAAAACUCGGAAUACAUUAUUUGUCAUUCUUAUUUAGCC